AUGCUUUUUUAUGUAAAAAGAAUAUUAUCACAAGAACCUGUUCCGGAAGAUAAAAGACCAUCAUUUAUCUUACGAAAUUCAUUAAAUUUAUCAGAAUUACAUUUUCUCUUGGAUGUAAUGCUUUGUUUUAUAAAAGGAUUAUCAAUUAAGAAUAGGGAUAUUCUUAUUGUAGACUUUGUUAAUCAAUGGUUAAAAUUAGCAAGAUAUGAUAUAACUUAUAUAAACAUAUUUAAUGAAUUUUCUUUAAAAUAUAUUGUAUCAUUAUAUGAAAUAAUUGAAGAUCAAGUGGCAAAUCCGAUAAUUCAUAAUGUUGAAGAUAAAUUUAAAGUUUCUUUAACGGAACUAAUGAAGAAUUCAAUUAAUAAUUGUGUAAAUUAUCUCCCUGAAAAAGAAUCUCAACUUAUUCCUGCCGAGACAUUUACCCUUGCCUUAAAAAGAUUUAUUUAUAGAUUUUUAUUGGUCGAAUCUAAUAUUGAAGACUUAAAAAUAAGCAUGUAUUUCUUAGAUUUUACUUUGGAUUUGUGGACUAGCGAUAUCAAGCAAGAAUUGAUUGUAAGAUUAUUUCCUACUGAUUUAUUGGUAUCACAUGCCUAUGAUAGUUAUAUCUAUAUCAUUAAUGAAGUGGAGCUGGCACUAGAAGAACUUUACAAAGAAUUAAGAAAGUUAAAACAGUUACAGAUUAAGUUUUGUAAAUUAUACAUGGUAUGGCAUUUAAUGGAAUAA